CGGCGGCCGCUCCCGGGAAGGACGGCGGCUUCCCGGGGAAGCCCACCGCCGCCGCCGGCCUCGGAAACGCUGAGAGGGGUGUUGGGAACCCGUGGCGCGCGUGGCCGCCGCCGCCGCCCGGGACAGCCCGGAGAAACUCUCAGCGUGCGCAUCGGGACCCUUUGUCACAAGGAGCAAUGCUGCCCCGUUGGGAACUGGCUCUUUACCUGCUUGCCUCACUCGGCUUCCACUUCUAUUCUUUCUAUGAAGUUUACAAAGUCUCCAGAGAACAUGAAGAGGAACUGGACCAAGAAUUUGAGCUGGAGACUGACACUUUAUUUGGAGGAUUAAAGAAGGACCCGACUGACUUCGAGUGGAGCUUCUGGAUGGAGUGGGGGAAGCAGCGGCUGGUAUGGCUUCUCCUCGGCCAUGUGGCUGUGUCUCAGAUGGCCCACCUGCUUGCAAGGAAGCACAGACCCUGGAUCCUCACAGCCUAUGGAAUGUGGGCCUGCUGGUGUGUGCUGGGGGCCCCAGGUGUGGCCAUGGUUUUUCUCCACACCAUCAUCUCCUUCUGUGUAGCCCAGUUCCGGUCACUGCUCCUAUCGUGGCUCUGUUCUCUCCUCCUGCUCUCCACACUGAGGCUGCAAGACAUGGAGGAAGUUAAGAGAGGGUGGUACCAGACAGAAAACGAGUACUACUUGCUGCAGUUCACGCUGACCGUUCGCUGCCUGUGCUACACCAGCUUCAGCCUCGAGUUCUGCUGGCGGCAGCUGCCCGCUGAGCACACCUCCUACUCCUUUCCCUGGAUGGUGGCCUAUGUCUUCUAUUACCCCGUCUUCCACAACGGGCCCAUCCUCAGCUUCCCGGAGUUCAUCAGACAGAUGCAGCAGCAAGAGCACUGCUCGUUGAAGGCCAACCUUCCCGUCCUCGUGCUGGGGCUGGGCCGCCUCCUCUGCUCUUGGUGGUUGGCGGAGCUGAUGGUCCACCUCAUGUACAUGCACGCCAUCUACAGCAGCACCCCCCUCCUGGGCGCUGUCUCCUCUUGGACCUUAGGAGGACUGGCGUUGGCUCAAGUGCUCUUUUUCUAUGUGAAGUACUUGGUGCUCUUUGGCGUCCCAGCUCUGCUCAUGCGCCUGGAUGGACUCACGCCCCCACCCUUGCCUCGCUGUGUGAGCACCAUGUUCAGUUUCACGGGCAUGUGGAGGUAUUUUGACGUUGGACUGCAUAAUUUCUUAAUCAGGUAUGUGUACAUUCCAGUGGGCGGGUCCCAGCAUGGCCUGCUGGGGACGCUGUUUUCCACUGCAAUGACGUUUGCGUUUGUGAGCUACUGGCAUGGUGGGUACGACUACCUCUGGUGCUGGGCAGCACUCAACUGGCUGGGAGUCACCGUGGAGAAUGGAGUCCGGAGGCUUGUGGAGACCCCGUGCAUCCAGCACAGCUUGGCCCAGUUCUUCUCCCCACAAGCUCGCCGUCGAUUCCAUGCCGCCCUUGCAUCUUGUUCCACCUCCAUACUGAUCCUCUCCAACCUGGUGUUUCUCGGGGGCAAUCAAGUUGGGAAAAUCUACUGGAAUAGGAUCUUCAUACAAGUUCAACUUUCAAAGCCCUGGCUGUGUUGCUUUGGGUCCGCUUUGCCGCUCAGGGUUCAGUCGGGGACUUGGCUGUGGCUGAAAUGGAAGGCUGGCCGUGGGUGACCCUCUCUGUCCUGGGAUUCCUGUACUGCUACUCCCACGUGGGCAUUGCCUGGGCCCAGACGUACUCCAUGGACUAAUGCCACCAGGCCAGGCCAGCCUUGGCUGCCGGUCUCCAAAGCAAAUGGUGCUUCACCCUGACCUCGGACCCCAAGAUAACCUCCAAGAGACCAGUGCUUGAUCUGCUCAUCUUUUGUUGAAGUUACCUCACUCCAAGACUGGAAGCUUGAGCUCUCAUAGAAAAUUGACAACCAGAGAGUCUUCUAACUUUGGGGACUUACAGAUCACUCCCUCAGCCCCAUCAUUUCCUGUUGAGUAAGCUGGGGCCCAGAGCAGUAGAGUGUCUUGCCCAGCUGCACAUGGUGACGUUGUGGUCUAGAACCUAGUCCCAAGGGCCCUUCAGAUUCUUUCUCCUUUACCAAGAAUUAAAUGUAAUGGAUAUUUCUUAAUUGAGGCACAGAAAUCCUGAUUAGUAAUAGGCCUCUCUCCCACUGGGCAGUAUUUCUGAAACAUUUUGGUGACAUUUAAGUGACCCCUUCCACAGGUCCGGCAGUGUAGUCUCUAUAAUCAGUACUGGGGUUUGAGCUUCACACUUCAGCUGCUUAGCAAGGACGUGACAAAGCCACAGCUGUGUUUCUAGUUAUCCAAAGAAGAUAGACUGUGUUGUGUGGCAUUCCAAGGAGCCAGCAGUCAGUACCCAAGGAGACCUGUUCUCUGAACUUCAACAGGGUGGACUACAUUCGGCUGCUUGUUUCCUAGAUUUGCAGAGAAGUAUAAACAUGGCAGUUCCUCUACCUGACAGUUAAUCAUUUGUCAAUAAAGAAACAGAAUUGAGGGGCCGGCCCAGUAGCACAGCAGUUAAGUUCGCAUGUUCCGCUUUGGCAGCCCAGGGUUCGCUGGUUCAGAUCCCGGG